UUGUGGAAAUACGUUACCGCAGCCAUGUUCAUGUUUAUUUGAAAAUUGUUGUUUAUCUAUGUUUUAAAAAAGAAUAAGGGGAAAACUUUGAUAGUGUAACUACAAAUAAAUUUAGAAAUUUAGUUAAGUAAAAACGGUCUUAAUAAAGUGUGCUGUGAUUUUUUUUCUUAUAAAAAGAAACAAACAUUAAAAAAAAACAACAUAAAGGAUAUUAUUGUUCAAUCGAAAAGGAAUAAGUUGAUAAGGGGUAAAGUGGCAAAAAGUAGGCCCACCGCGGAUGGAUACACAAGUGUUGUUAGUAUGGAUGAUAAAGAUGCUGACCACUUUACAAGGAGGCUGGAGAGUUCUCGCUGUCCAGUCAGAUAUAUGUUGGGAUGGGAUAAAUGCCGCGGACUAUAACGGAACCAUUGCCACAACGACAAGUGGUGUGACGUGUCAGGCGUGGGCAGACGACACUCCACACUCGCACGUUUUCCACGGGAGCUCGUACUUUCCGUACGACGGAGAUGACGUAGCGGCUUCAAAUUUUUGCCGUGACCCAGACGGAAUGUCCGGAACUCUUGGCCCUUACUGCCUAACGAUGAACCCUAGCGUCAGAUAUGAAUUUUGCACUAUACCAAUAUGUUAUAAUUUGCCGUGUUCUGGUGGUGACGUAAUUGGACAAAAUGAUCCUUCCAGCUUCACUGCUAAUAUAGACGCAUUUUCAGACGUCAAUUAUUUACUCAAAGACGCUUCUUCAGCAUAUGCGUUUUCUUGUUGUGGAACCGUUCAGCAAUGGCGAUUUUAUAUUAAAAACCCGGGAACCAUUCGUUUCCAAGUAUGGCGGCUGGAUAGUGGGACCGGAAAUUAUAUUUUGAAGGGAGAAAACGUUCACACGUAUGGAGCGGCUGAAAGUCCUGGAGAACAUAGCAAGACUGUACCACAGAAUGAAAGAAUAUCGGUCCAGGAAGGAGAUUUGAUUGGCUGGUACAACUCCGGGGUGGGCAUGGUAUCGUUCAGCAUUGGAUCGACACUACAAGUAGCGCUCAAGUCCGGCACAUCAUCUGUUGGCGACUCCGUGGACUGGUCGGGGGCUUUCGUACUUUCAAACCGCGACUACGCUAUUGCUGCGGAUCUGGCACCAAGUGUCGCACCAUACUUUGAUGCUACCGUGACGUCAGUCUCCGUGUCGGUAUCAGAAGGCGUCGGCAACACUGUACAUACCCUAACGGUUACCGACGACGACGUUGACGACAGAAGUUCAUUAUCAGCCUUGCUUGUUACAAAUACAUAUUUUGAUCUCAUCGGUUUAGAUAUCGUCGUGAAAGCCAGUUUGGUCAUAGGGACAGAAAUAUUAGAACUUAAAGUCACAGACCAGUGCUCACAGUACAGCCGAUUUAAUCUAACAGUUAUUAUCACCCCGCUGCCGAUCGUCAUUUCAAGCUUGCCUGUGACAGAAAGUGUUUCCGAAUCUUCAGUUAACGAGACUUUAGUGCAUACUUUGACCUUUAACCCUGUUGGCACGUAUUUAUGUUCACUGGAUGCGUACGAUCCAAUUCGAGCAGAGGGCAACCCUUUCCUUGUACAGAACACUCCGUCUUCAGAUAUUGGCGUGUACCUCAAAGCUGCGUCUAAUAUUAGCUACAACGUUGCCACGAGCUACAACGUAACAGUCACGUGCUCUAACGCUGAAGGAGCCAGCGACACCAACUACAUUAUCAUCGACAUCGACCCAAACAGUCAGCCAGUGUUUACAAGCUUCCAGACGUCUCUGGCAAUAGAUUCGGUUACAACAAACAUCAACGAUAUAGUGUAUACGGCCACAGUAACAGACGCCGAAGGUGACCCUAUAACAAUGUCCUUACUUUGUGACCCUACAGGCUGUCCAUUUACCAUCAAUAACAAUGGUGAAAUUAGGAUAACAAGUGAUCCUAGCCUUGCCACACAAAACACGUAUACAUUCAUUUUAUCAGCAGACGACACUUUCAAUACGGUGACGUCAUCAAAUGUUUCCGUCACGAUUACAAAUAUAAAUGUGAAGCCCGUUAUUACAAAUUUGCCGGCUCCGAUGCAGACAAUAGCAGAGAACCAGGUUGCAGGGACGCUUGUUUUUCAAGUGUCACAGUCUGAUGCCAAUGGUGACACGCCCACAUUUCUUGCGGCAUUCAACAGUACGGCAUGCGCCAGCAUGUAUGACAUUAAUGCUACCGACGGCAGAAUAACAACGCUAGCGUCAUUUGAUUACGAGUCCGCUAGUGCUACGUCAUGUUUGCUUACCGUUACAGUGUCUGAUGGUGCAGCCACGUCGGACCCUGAAACGCUCAUUAUUGACGUAGAGAAUGUGGAUGAACCGCCAGUCUUUUCAAGUAAUGCUUACGUCAUCAAUACAGAGGAAGUUGCGGAUGGGACGCCACUGCCAGACGUCGGGAUAUCUGCUAUUGACCCGGAAGGAACUGCAGUUUCUUUAUCUCUAAAUUGCUCUUACGUUGACAUUGACAGCGCUUCCGGUAUUGUAACUAUGACAACGAACUAUGACAUAGAUACAUCAGCAACGAAUCCCUACACGAUUGCAUGUAUGAUAACGGCCACAGACGCUACGAGUCAAACUUCAACGGCGACGCUUGACGUCAUAGUUAGUGACGGCAACGAUAACGCACCAGUGUUUAGUCAGAAUAUUUAUACUUCAUAUAUCAUUCAAGGUCAUGCGGGGUACAGUAUCAUUGAAACUGUCACAGCAACUGAUGCUGACAAGACGUCACCUAACAACGUCAUAACGUAUUCAAUGACGCCGGCUACAAGUUUUAGUAUCGGUGGUUCAGGGGAUAUUCAGAACAUAGUUGAUCUAUCAGGUGUUCCCGCAGGGACGACAUAUCCUUUAACGGUAACAGCCACGGACGGCGGAACUCCUCCCCAGUCAAGUACCUCUGUAGUUGUUAUUUCUGUCCUAUCGACUGCUCUGACAACAACAACUGCCACAACAACGGCAACCGGGUCUUCCGGUAGCAACGGAUUCUUCUCGGAUACCGGAAAUAUAGUGUUUCUCGCACUGGCUAUAUUCACGGCACUGCUGAUGUCAGUUCUUGUUACUUUGCUUCUUUGGCGAUAUUGCUGCUCGCAAUGGUACUCUGGUAAAAGAUCUCGCGCCUCAAAAAUCGGUCCAAAAGAAAAUCACCAGCGAGGUACAUCAGAGAGUAGCGGCUAUGAUAAAACACCUAUAAAUGAAAUAUCGGAUAAUAGGAAUAACAACAAUUUACCGGUGGAUUAUCCGAGAUACAAGGGAGACAAUUAUGUUAUGACGCCAAGAUGGCUUAAAAAUCAAAUGACAGUGUAAUCAAAUGAUUGCGGCAGCAAUUACCACUUACAAAUACGGGUGAACUUAUUUUUUUAAAAUUUAAGCUAUUUAUAAAUAUAUACGUGCCGAUAUAUAAACAUGUGAUAAAAUUUACUAAAUUCAAGAUGGCGUUCAAGAUGGCGGCUGGAAAGGCGGGUCCGUCUUUCUAGAUUGCGGAGGACUAGUAGCAUUGUUAACUUGAAUUGUACACUUUCAGUUUUGUCAAGGAAUACAUGUAUUUAUUAUGUAAAUUUUGUUUCAUAUUGAAAUGUUAUAACUGCACUAGUCUUUUUUAAACAUUUUCUUUCUCAGUGGAAUAAUUAUAUCUAUAUUGUUCACCUUAUUUUACAACAGUACUUCCUUUCACAUUCACUUUUUGCACUUCAAUCUUCAAUAGAAUGUACACCAUUUUCUUUCAUUAUUUGUUAUUAAUUUUUAAUUUACUUAAACAAUUUUCUAUGUUUGUACAAAAUUUAGUAAAAGUGUUAAAAAUAAUUUACUUAAUAUUAUAAUUAAGUGAUUUAUCAUAUGUGUUUCUUAACCCGCCGAAAGUGAUAUACCUAUUCUACCGAUGUAAAGCCAGGUCAGCCCGCACGCCGUACAGACUGACCAGGCUCUACGUACGCUGUUGUUCCAAUUUCAUCUUUAUCACCACUAAAUUAAAUAUUAGAGACUUAAAUUAAAUUAUAGCUCUGUAUUAAUAAUGGACAAUUUAAAAAAGGAAGUCGGACAAGUACAUUUAAGAAAGUCAGCAGAC